CCAAGAUAUAUUAUAUAUGCUUUCGUGUUUAUAUAGCAAAGACAGAGAUUCAAGGUGAAUGUUGCCAUUAUUUUUUGACAGAGAGCUCGAGAGCAACAAGUGAAAAUUUAUUGAGAGGUUGUUCGCGUGCUUAGCAAGUGAAAUAAGAGAAGGAGAUGCCAGAAAUCAGCGCCAAACAAAUACAAUUAAAUAAAACAUUAAUUUAAAAAGCAAAAAAAAUAAUCAGGGGGUAAUUUUGUUAAUGAGAAAUAACAAUAAUAAAUAACAGAGUCUAGACUAGUCGCAAGGGGAAUCCCCCAGACUAGACUUUCGGAUUUUGGUUUUAGCUUAAAAUUUAUAUGCAACUUCUUAGAGAUAUUUCAGAGAUAUGAAAUAAUCUUUUUCUGUUCUUGGCUCACAGAACUUAGCCUACUCACACACAAUUCUAGUUAACCAUCAUACGCACCGUUGGCGUUUUAGCCUUGAACUUUUCCAUUAAGGCACACAUCGUCUCUGAACAAGGCAACAAAGAGAAAGAAAUCCACAUUAUUAUUAAUUGUAUUUUAACGGUAUAACGUAAAGCAAGCUGUUUGGCCAAAAUGUUUUGAAUAACUUCCAGAAAGAAACCCGUCCGACAGCAAUUUCUUGCUCUUGACUUGAAAUUCGCCAGCCAAGCCAUCAAUAAAAUAUAUGAAAAAAAAACCACAACAAAAUGCAAAUACUGGACAACAAAUAAUUUAACGAUAAUUUACAAAACGCUCCAGGCAAAAGCACCACAAAAAAAAACAACAAAAAUUAAUAAGAAACCAGUUGAAAAUUACAAAAAUAAGGCUUUUCGGUUAGUAACGAAAAUGUCUGGCAGAGUGAAGCUGCCUUUGGGCAGCCGGAGCUUCUUUUUCUUCGUCACCAGCAGCUGCUGCCUCAUCUUCUUCGCCAGCGCACAAGAUACUUCCAGCUACUAUUUCCCCUCGCAAAACCGAUUUGUGCCAUCAUCUGGAACCUUUCCCCGCCAGCAGCAGCCGCAGUCCCUCAAUGGUUUCCGUGCCAGCUCCGGCGGCUUCUCACCCGCUGCUCCAGGCUCCUACCAGGAGCAACUCCUUUUCAUAGCCAAUGAGAAUGCCAAGCAAUCGGCGGUGCCGGCGGUCAGUUCCCCCUUCGGCAGCGGUGCUCCAUAUGGUGGUGGCAAUUCCCAGUUUGCGAAACCGAAUCGCCAGACGGACUAUUACGAUAUCUCGCCACGCCCCUUUGGAGUGCCGGCAGCAUCGGCGGUAUCUGGUGCUGGAGCUGGAGCGGGAACUGGUGCAUCAGUGACCAACGGCUUCACACGCUCAAAGGCGAUACGGAAUGGAGCUGGCAAUAGCCUGAAUGGAGGAGGAUUCCAGCCGCAGACGCAGCGCAUCAAUGUGCCCCACCAGCAGACGCAAUUUCUGGCCCACUUCAGCGAGUCCGGGAACGACAAGCGUCCGGUGACUCCGUCCCACACUCGGCCGUUCGGCAAUGGCGGUGGCUUCUCACCCACACGGACACGGACCCAGGCUCCGGUUUCAGCGCUGCCGGAGAACCCAGCCACGCCCGCCUCUACGCCUUUUAGGCCCAGGAAUCGGUAUCAGCCGGGUAGCAGUGCCACUCCUUCCAGCAGCACCACCACGACCACGGACAGUGCCGAGGUCAGCAGCAAGCGGUACAAUCGUUUUGGCAGCAACAGGGUCAAGUCUACGAGCACCACCUCGACGACUCAGAACACGCCUUCAGAACGUCCAAGUUUUGGCAGAAAGUCACCCAAUCCCAGGCGUCCCGUCUUCAUCAGUCGCGAAGUCAACGAACCAGUGAGUUUGGUGAGCAAGAGGCCCUUCAAUUACAGCGGAGCCAGGCUGAAGUUGCCAGCCAGACCCACUGCCCGCACCACUAGCACCACCGAGAGUGCCGAGGAAGAGGAGGAGGAGGAAGCCCUGGACGAGGAUCAGGACGAAGAGGAUCAGGAAAACAGCGAUGAUCAGUAUGAACAGGAAUCCGAUGAGGGACCAGAGGAUCAUUCGCAGUCCUCUAGUUUGGAGAAACUGCCCCUCCAGGAGGAGAAUGUGACGCCAGUGACAGUGGCCAAGAAUGAGGCAUCUCUGCCAGCUGAGCAUUCCGAGGUCACCACCACUUCGGAAGUCGAUAAUGAGAGCAGCACCGCUAGCACCGAGGAAAGCCAAACGGAUGUCUCAGAAGUCACCAAUGCCGAAGUGGAAGCCACCACCUUGGUCUCUGCUCAGGAAGAGGAGAUUGCCGAAGAAGUCACAACCAUUAUUCCGCAGGAGAACCAGUCCACAGAGGAACUACAAGUGGAAGAACAGGUCGUGACCACUGAGACUCCAGUUGAAAGCACAUCCGAGCAGGAGGAAGUUGUGAGCCCAAAGGCGGUGGAGAAACUGGAAGAGGAACCCAAGCCAACAAAGCAGGAGGAGCACAGUUCUUCCAAGCAGGAAAGCCACAGCUCAUCCAAGCAGGAAGAGCAAUCUGAAUCCCAGUAUGACGAUGAAGGAGAAGGUGAGGAUUAUGAGUAUGAGGAUGAAGAAGGUGGCGAAGACUCAACCAAAGAGGUGGAAGCACAGGAUUCCAAGCCAUCGUCUACGCCCAGUGCCGAGCAUGUGGAUGAUCGCGAAAUCAUCUCUGUGGUAACCACCAAGAGUGUGGUUAAUGGAUCCACUGUUCUGCCUGCGCCAGUCACGCCUAGUUCCAACACAAUAACGGAGGAGGAGGGAGAGGAAACCCUGUCCGAAGCUAAAGUAGACACCACCACUCCCAUUAACUUGGAAACCGAAGAAAAGGCAUCCAAUGCCACGGAAAACUAUGUAGUGGUGGCUUCCAUCCAGCCCAGUCGCAGCAUCAACGGUGCCAGGUUCCUGCCCUUCCCCGCCAUCGAGCAGGAGGAGACCAAGCAGACCCUGUCCGAGCUGGAGCGGAAGGUGCACUCCAAGCAGCAGAAACAGCCAGAGGGCAGUGAAGAGGUCCCUGUUGUCAGCUCCUCCGUUCAGCCUCCGGUUGCCGCCUCCACCGAGAGCAUCAUCGAUAAGCUGGAUCGCGUCCAGUCAGAGCUGUCCAGCGGUCUGCUAUCCGGGAAAUAUCCCAUAAUCAGCCAGAUGGACUCCUCCACGCCGGCUACCAGCACAACCGCUGCCGCGGGCUCUGGUAAAUUCGUGCCCCACAUCAGGAAGUUCCAGCCGAGGACCACCUCUGCUCCCAGCACCACCAGCAGUGGCAGCAAACUCAAGGUACAGCACUUCGAUGAGGGUGAAAUGGACGAGCUGGCGGGACUCCUGCCAGUGGGCUUUAAGCCCAAAUCCAGCUACAAGAACCGCAAGAUUACAACAACCACGUCCACGACGGAGGCUCCCCCGGCAGAGCUGACAAAGCCCAAGCCGGGACGCAACUCCACCAUAAGUCGGUCCUUUAAGAGCGGCCAGGUGACAGUGCAGGACGUGGCUCUGGCGGGUCUCCUGCCCAAGGGCUAUAAGCCGCCCAGGACAACUACUACCACGACAACGACAACUAAGAAACCGGAUGAGAGCAGUGUCAAGCCCUCCUCUGGCCUGGAGAGUCUCUUCAGCGAGGUGAAGUUCGACGACAGCCUGGCCGCCCUUCUGCCCAAGGACUACAAAUUGAGCAGUACACCCAAGCCAGAGGUUUCUGUGGUGGAUGAUAUCUCCAAGUUCUUGCCGCCAGGCUACAAGGCGAACUCCACCACUCCCAGCUCCUCGACCACUCCCCGAAACCUGCCAGUGGCUGUGCCCUUCGAUGACUUGAGCAAGUUCCUGCCGCCCGGCUAUAAGGCUCCCAAGGAGAAGGAGCAGCCCAAGCUGCCAGAGGGUGUGACGCCCAUUAAAAUCGAUGAUUUGAGCAGUCUGUUGCCACCAGGAUUUAAGCUGAAUGAAACCGCCAAGGCGGAUUCCGAGAGCAGCGAUGAGAUCCCUGCCUCGCUGCUGCCACCUGGCUACAAGUCAAAGAAGGUUCACCCUGCCUCUACGACCACAACGACGGGCAAACCCAAGGCCGUGCCUUCCAGCACCACUGAAGCAGCCGCUGUGACCGAGAGUGGCGGAGGAAGUGGCCUAAAGGUUGUGUUCCCCAAGGGUUUCCACAAGCGAGUGGGUUCCCAUCGCCUAACAACUCCGCAUCCCUCUCAAGACGGCGCAGCCUCUGAGCCCAAAAAGGACGAGGGAUCACCGCAAGUGGUGAUCAAGAAGGGUCCCCCGACUAGAGCCACCACUGAGUUCACUGGCUGGCCAACACCGCCCACUACUCCGCUGUCCAUCGACAAGCUGAACGCUCAAACCAUUAACUUUGAGGAUCUGCUGACGGCCAGUGGAACAAGCAGUACCAGUAGCAGCACCACCACGACGACGAGCACAACGACGACGACGACACCGCGACCCACGAAACCGGGUCACUGCACCGCUGACUGCGAUCUGGCGGCCACCAUCAAGAUCAUCGAUGGUGUGGCCUGGAAACCAGAGCUGCUAGAUCACAAUACGCUGGAAUGGAAGAAUCUGGCCCACGAGCUGGAGGCACAGCUCAAUGAAGUCUACUCGGGAGCCUCGCAGCUAAACAAAUGGUACAAGAAGGUGCGCAUCGAUAGCUUCAGCAAGGGCAGUGUCCUGGUCGACUACUAUGUGGAGCUGGCCAACAUCACCGAGGAUGUGGAUACCCUGGAAAUUCGCCAGCUGUUCCAUGAUGCCCUGACCAAGCCAGCGACUCCCUCCGUGCCGGAUAAGGAUGCCCAGGAGAAUGAGACGGACAGCGUGUCGGGACCGCAGGAGGAGCAUUUGGUUACCGCCAGCUAUCAGAUGGGCAAAUACAUCAUUGAUCCGGUAGCCACAGAUUUUAGUGUCAUAGCCAAGAAUGUGCACACCAAUGUUGAAUAUGCCGAGGAGGAUCUGCUUAUACCCCAAUGGGCUAUUGUGGUGAUUGUUAUAGGCGUGGGUUCCCUGGUCUUUGUCAUCAUCUUUGGCGUCACAGUGCUGCUGAAUCGCCAAAAGAGGGCCAAAAAGGCUCCGAUUCCUCUGACGAAUGACAUGCUAAACGAGCUCAAGGUGAACCACAUGGGCGGUGUAGAUAACUAUGGCGUUGAUGAUUUCUACAACAUAGACGAUCCCUGGAAUGAUACCAAACAGCCCAUCAAGCCAAAGCGCUUCACCAACUCCAUGCACGGCAGCAACAGUUCCAACAUCUAUGACAGCUGGCGCUCCACUCGCCAUCCGCACACCAGCGGUGACUACUUCUAUGACCAACAGCCGACGUACUCCCAGAAGGGCGACUCCCUGAAGAGGCCGCAGCAUCACCACCAUCACGGAAGUCACAGCAACCACGGCCAGUACAGUGGGCGAGAUCAUCACCAGCCGCAGCAGCAUCAGCAGGCGUACGGACACCAGUAUCCGGAUGCCUUCGCCGAUGCCCAUCAGAUGUACAGCUACAACAACCAUGCGAGUAGGACGCGCUACUCGCGCGACUACGAUCCCGACUUCUGAGCAUCGGAGACCUCCUCCAGCCGGGGCACCAACUAGCUUUAGUAACCUGCGAACGAUUCGAGUUGUAACUUAAUAGAGUAAAGAGUAUCGUAUUUGUAAGGCUGCUAUAAUUUAUCGUAUGUUCUGCCGGCUGACCACAGCCAGGGCCCGGGCCCGGGCCAGGAGUUGUGGUCAAGCUAAGCUAUCUACUUUGUACACCCAAUAUAUGGAGCUGCUAUAUCCGGAUGCCUUACACUUCCUUAAUAUGUAUGCGUUCAAAGGAAAUGUUACUUAAUAGAACUUUGGGGCAUGCCCCGAAAAUAAAUAGUCAUGCACUCUUAGUUAAUCAUAGCCUAUAAGUAAAAAAUAGAUACACUACAUAUAUACUUUGUAUUAUUUAAAGUACUGGCGGCUUGCUAUAAUACUAAUAAUGUCGAAAACUAGACUAAUAAAUGAAAAAAUAUUA